AUGGAUGAGAAGCUGCAGGCGCAUCAGGUUGACAUCGACCCGGAUUUUGAACCUCAGAGUCGGCCUCGCUCUUGCACCUGGCCGCUGCCUCACCCCGACUUCCCGGGCGAAGAAGACGAUGGAACCGGCGGUGCGGGAGGCGGCGGCGGCGCCCCUAAGCACCCCUUGGCCGGCGGCACCGAAGGCGCUGAGAACGCCGGCGUGGCGACGGAGCGUGGCAAAGCGACCCCUGCGCUGCCUUCUUUGAGCGCGGACGUUGGACAGCUCCGCAAAACGAAGACUUCGCGGCGGAACGCUUGGGGCAACCUGUCGUACGCGGAUCUCAUCACCAAGGCGAUCGAGAGUUCCCCGGAGAAACGGCUCACCCUCUCCCAGAUCUACGACUGGAUGGUCCGAUACGUGCCCUAUUUUAAGGAUAAAGGCGACAGCAACAGCUCCGCUGGCUGGAAGAAUUCAAUCCGGCACAACCUGUCCCUGCACACCCGCUUCAUCCGUGUGCAAAAUGAAGGCACUGGCAAAAGCUCUUGGUGGAUGCUGAACCCCGAAGGUGGCAAAACUGGGAAGACGCCCCGCCGACGAGCCGUCUCCAUGGACAACAACAGCAAGUUCCUGCGGAUCAAGGGCAAAGCCAGUCGGAAAAAGCAGAUCCAGACUGCUCAGGAACGAGGAGAAGAAAGCCCAGCUAGCCAGCAGGCCAAAUGGUCAGAGAGUCCCACAUCCCAUGCCAGUGAGGAAUACGAUGCUUGGGCUGACUUCCGGACACGGGCCAACUCCUCGGCCAGCACACUGAGUAGCCGCCUCUCGCCCAUCAUGGCCAACCAUGAGCCAGAUGACCUGGAGGAGGAUGAUGGGACCCCAUCCUCCCCACUGAUGUACCCCAGCCCUUCUAGCACCUUGUCCCCCUCCCUGAAUGCCCGCUGUUCAGUGGAGAUGCCCAGGCUGACUGAUCUCACCGGCACCAUCAACCUGAAUGAGAGCCUGGGAGAGAGUCUUCUAGAUGACCUGCAGGACAACUACAGCAUGAGCCCAGCCCAGCCGCUUUCUGCUGGAGGACUCCGACCCAGGACCUCCAACUUUGGCUUCAGCUCCAAGUGCUCCUCAGUGGGUACAGGAGGUGGGGGAGGGGGAGGAGGCGGUAAUACCUACUCUGGGACUAUUUAUAGCCAACCCGCCAUGAGCAUCAUGCGCCGUUUGCCCAUGCAGACCAUCCAAGAGAACAAGCAGGCCACUUUUGUUCCCAUGAAUGCUUACCGCAAUGCCUCAUUGCAGGACCUGCUCUCCUCCAUUUCCUACGCGCACAAGGAGGGCGAGCCACACCUGCCAGCAGCCAACAGCAUGGGCCUGCCUCGUGGCCACAGACAAAAUGCCCUAGUAUGUAGUGGUGGGGGUGGAGGCGGAGAGAUAGGCUUGAUUCCCUACCCUCCCCACUCGUCUUCUCUCAUGAAGAGCAACACGUUAUACCACCCAUCACCAGCUGGCCACCACCCUCCUCUUAACAACAGUGCCUUACCCUCUCCGAUCAGCCUUAUGAGCCUGCCCAGUGACACUUGCAGCAUGGUGAACAUGUCUCACCACGGGCAUCUUCAUUCCUACGUCAACAACCAGGGGGCGCACAUGAGCUUGCUAGAUUCCUUGCAGGGACCUUACCCAGAAGCCAUGCACACCCCUGUGUUGAGUCAGGACAGAUUCCCAGCAGAUCUAGACUUGGACAUGUUCAAUGGGAGCUUGGAAUGUGAUGUGGAGUCCAUCAUUCUCAAUGACUUCAUGGACAGUGAUGAGAUGGACUUCAACUUUGACUCGGCUCUUCCGCCACAAAACGGUCUCAAUAUGGCCCCUUUGCCCAGUGCCCCACAGCCCAACAAUCAAAGCUGGGUACCUGGAUGAGGCCCGUCCAGGUUGCUCAGGCCCAACAGUGAGUGGGGCAAAGAAGAUCUUGGGGAAACAGAACUCUUUCCUCCUCCACCCAUUCAGCCCCGCUCUUCUUCUUUUUCUUUGCCUUCAUUUCUUCAGCCAGGCUAGAGCCAUCUGUUUAAACUUGACAAUGACAUGACACUACACUACACAUGCACGCACGCAUACACACACACAUACACACACAAUGUAGGGUAAAAAUGUUUUGACAGGUACCGGCGGCUUCCCGCCUUGUGCCAGGUGUAUUGUGCAGUAAGUCGGAUCUGUCUUUGAUGUGUGCAAUAGGCACAACUUAGCCAUGGCAUUGCAAAGUCACUCCCCUCCCCCCCCAUCCUCCCUCUCUCCCUCACUGGGCAUUUGCACUAUUGCACAGAAAGAGGGAACAGAUGAUCUAUGAUCUGAAGGACAGUCUGGAGCUAUUGCCAAGCAUCCAAUAACUAACUUAGAUGGCUUCCAUGAAAAGGCUUUAGAGCAAGUUUUCCACUGGCUUUCCACUGUCCUAACUAUCUAAACUCUAAUUUGAUUUCUUCUCCUCGCUCAUUCUUUGUCCGUAUAUAGCCCCUGUUUUAUGCAGCUGUCAACAGCAACAGGGAAGAACCUUUCAUGCGAAACCUACGCUUAUCAUGCGAUAGCUCCAUUAUAUCUCCAUCCUUUUAGCCGAGUCGCUGAGGAUUUGCUCACCAGGUAGGAAAAAUAGAUCUGAGAUAUUUGUGGCCUGACUGGUGCAGAAAGGAAAAAAAAAAUAUAUUUGAUUGCUAUAAAUCUACCCACUGACUCUGUGAACUCUGCAUUGCCCAGUAGACAUGGGGUGUAAUAGGAACUGAACUCAUCAACGUUGCUCAUUUUCAUGUUCAUUUUCAUGCCAUCUGGGUUUGCAACAAAAACAGUUCACAGGAUGAAACGUGCAUGCACAUAGCUGUGCAGCAGAAUGGGCCCUGAUGCCAUUUGCUCCAGCAUAUAAAUAUGUGCAGUUGGCACUUACAAAUGGCAUUUGGCAUUAUGGCAGAGAUGGCUGCUGCUGGGAUGGGCAGGUUAAGUAGAAAGGUGGAAUGGGAAGGACUGGUGGAAACUUAUUUUCGGUGCUUGAAACCCAUAAGGCUGAACCUAACAGGGAGCUAGUAUAAUACCCCCAAAUAAUUAAUUUUGGUUUUAGAAAUGGAUUAUUCCUGGCAAUCUGGAACAAGGGGGAAAUGGGUAAUCCCUUUUCUUCCAUGCAAAGAAAACUGAAGGUCCAGAGUUGAUUGGGCUGAAAGAAAGAAAAAUACCUGAAAAAGGAUUGGCUUUAUUAGAAGCACAAGGUGAUGAGAGAAAGCUAGAGUUCUAUCCAAACAUGGCAUGACCGAUUAUGGAUAGAUGCUAGGGUCAAUGUGAGAAAAGGCUAAAUAUCUGGGACCUGUCUAAGAUCUCAUUGCUAUUAGCCUUCUCUCGGCUUCUCUCUGUCUCAUUCAUGGGUGUUCUUUGCUACCCUGAGACCAAAUGUGGAUAUUUGGUUUUUUGAAAUGCUCAUCUUACAGUAAUAAGUAAAAGCUUUGUAAUUUGAAGUCUAUAAAGGAAGAGUAACAAGCUCCACAGAGUCUUUCACCAGUCUUUGUGUCCCUUUCUCAUGUAGAUUCAUGCUCUCAAGUCCACAUAUAUCUGAAAGGAGAACAUGGUUACAGUUAUAAUUACUGCAGGCUGCCUAACCCAUUUUAAGCCCCAGAUCCAGGCAAAAAACAAAAAAAAAAACCCACACCCCAAUAUACAGGUUUAUUCUUAACAGUUUAGCACUUUAGUGCAAGCUGGAAGCAUUCAAAACAAUUGCUGGAAAUGUUUCUAACUAGAACAGGGGUCUUCAAACUUGGCAACUUUAAGACUUGUGGACUUCAACUCCCAGAAUUCUGGGAGUUGAAGUCCACAAGUCUUAAAGUUGCCAAGUUUGAAGACCCCUGAACUAAAAAGAUGGGCUGCCCCUGUUUUCAUGGAGAAAAACCCAUGCAAAAUCAGUAGAGCCCCUCCAAGGCUAAUUCUUGCCCAUCCCCAGUCGGGCUAUUCUUAGGAUCUGACCACUCCACCAUUGAAACAAAUGAUCUGCCUUGAUUAUCUGCUCAUGCAAACUAGCAUGAUACCUACAAUAGCAUGAUGUGAUAUAUUUGUGGAUUUUUUUUAAAAAAAAAAGGCCGAUUCUUUGUGUCUUUGAUUCAAAGACAUCCAUGGGAAAUCUUUUUUUUUUUUUUUUAAUUCAACACUACACUUUCACCAACCUGAAAUGGAAGAGCUUCAUCAUGAGCUUCAGGAAAAGGAGAACUCUUUCCUCUCUCCCAUUUUCCCAUCUGCUCCCUGAGCUUUUAGUUCCAUAAGGCAAAUUCUUCCUAUCAGAUGCCACCAAGGUCUAGAUAUGCCUAGCCAGCAUGGCUGUUGGUUAGAAUUCUGAGAAUUGAUAGCUUUUAUGUCCAUUCAGAAUGGAACAGGAUGGUAUUCAGGGCAAAAUCAAGAUGAUAGCUAUGUAAGAUAUUCUCAGCACAUAGAAAGAGUGGUUGGAAAGACUCCAGUUUCCAGUGUUAUGUAUAAGACAUAGUCACCAUUUAUGAGCAAUGAAAGCAAAAGACUGUGGGAUAAUCUCCUGACUUCCCUCCUUCAUUUUUGCACUGCUCUUUCAGGUGUUUCUACCAGCCACACUGUGAUUCUUACCUGAGCCUGGUGUCCAUAGGCCAUCUGCAGUAGGGAGGCAUAGAUUGCUCGUAAUCAGCUGAGUUUAUCAUGGGUAGAGUUCACACAACACGCUAAGGCAAAAUAUGAUUUACUUGCUUGUGAUUUAGUGUGUUGUAUGAAUUGAGCCAGUGUGAUUUGUAAACCAGGAUUUAUGAUCUAGUAUGUUCUAUGAAAUCAGUCAAUUGUAGUCUAUUCAAUAAACCAUAUUAAGCAAAUAUUGGAUAUUACAUAUUGGAUAACUCACAUUUGCCCAGGAAAUUUGCAGGCUAAGAUUCUAAACGGCCCAUAUUACUCUUUGCUCUGGGUGUCAGAAUCCAAUUAUAUUUCAUCUUUAAAUUAUCAAAUAUAGAAACUCCCAAUUCUGCCUUCUCUGGAUUCUGCCAUAAGAGGGAGAGAAGGGGGAGAAC